AUGUCGUCUGAAUCAAGUAGUGAGCUUGAAGAACUUGGAGUCAAUCUAAAGGAAUUUGCCAGAAAAAGGCAAUCUAGGUUGGGAAUUGUGCGAACUGGACAACAGAAGUCUGGGCCAACGUCUCUUGUAAGCAACAUCCCAAGCGAGCUUGAAUACGACACUUUGCUCCGUUGUGCGAUGAUGGUUCUGAAAAAGGGGAAGGACUUGGGGGAAUCCACGAGGAUCAAGCUUCCUCUGGAUGUAAAGAGAGAGGCGCGAAAGACAUCUGUCAACAUUGCAGAAGUGGCUGGAGUCCUGAACAGAUCUGUCGAGCAUCUUGUGAGUUUCCUCUGCAAUGAGCUAAUGACAACAGGGUCUGUAAACAAAGAUGGAAAGCUCCUCCUCAAGGGGAUGUUUAUAAGAUCAGAGAUCCAAGAAGUCCUUAGGAGAUAUAUAGAACAUUUUGUUGUGUGUAAGAUAUGUGAAAGUGUCGAGGACACUGACAUUGUAAGAGACAAAAGACUCUACUUUUUGAAGUGCUCUAAGUGUGGAGGUGCGAGAUGUGUAGGGAAUGCUGUGGAAGGAAUAACAACCAAGGGAAAGGCAAAGCCACAACUUAGAGGAAUGCUAUGA